CUUAACUGGGUGCCAGCUCCUCCCGUCCCGCUGCCCCUGGGGCUAGAGGGCGUUCGUUACCCUCGAGCUCUCGGGUCGACGUGGUUAGCGGGGCUUGGUGCUCGCACUGGUCACCUUCACCCCCUCCUAACUUGUCCUCCGGGGCUCUGCACCUUAGGGUCGCUCAGGGGUGUGUGUGUGUUGGGGGGGGUCUCCCUGAGAUCGGCCCGGGCGGGGGACCCAGGGGCCGAUCCCCUCUACGGUCUCUGAUGGGAGGCGACGGCGGCGGGUGGAGCGGCCUGGGAUGUUCAGUCUGAUGGCCAAUUGCUGCAGCUGGUUCAAGCGGUGGCGGGAGCCUGUCAGAAAGGUGACUCUUGUGAUGGUGGGACUUGAUAACGCUGGUAAAACAGCCACUGCGAAGGGAAUCCAAGGAGAGCACCCUGAAGAUGUAGCUCCUACUGUUGGAUUUUCUAAAAUUGACCUUAGACAAGGAAAGUUCGAAGUUACUAUCUUUGACUUAGGAGGUGGAAAAAGAAUUCGGGGAAUUUGGAAGAAUUACUAUGCUGAAUCCUAUGGGGUAAUAUUUGUUGUGGAUUCCAGCGAUGAAGAGAGAAUGGAGGAGACAAAAGAGACAAUGUCAGAAGUGCUAAGACAUCCUAGGAUAUCGGGAAAACCUAUAUUAGUUUUGGCAAAUAAACAAGACAAGGAAGGGGCUUUAGGAGAAGCUGAUGUGAUUGAAUGUCUUUCUCUGGAAAAACUGGUCAAUGAGCACAAGUGCCUGUGUCAAAUAGAACCUUGUUCAGCAGUUUUGGGGUAUGGAAAGAAAAUUGAUAAGUCCAUUAAAAAAGGCCUUUAUUGGCUACUACAUAUUAUUGCAAAAGACUUUGAUGCUUUGAAUGAACGCAUCCAAAAAGACACAACAGAGCAACGUGCUCAAGAGGAACAAGAGAAACGGGAAAGGGCUGAGCGAGUGCAAAAAUUACGAGAGGAAAGAGAGCAAAGAGAACGAGAGAAAGCUGAACUUGAUGGAAGCAGUGAUCUAGCUGAGAUGGACCCUGCGCCAGUUCUUGUUAAUCCUUUCCAGCCAAUAGCAUCUGUAAUCAUUGAGAAUGAAAAAAAGCUUGAAAAAGAAAAAAAGAAGCAAACAAUGGUGAAGGAUCGUGAUAGUAGUGAUUGCCACUUGAAACAUAAAAUGGAACAUGAACAAAUAGAAUCUAAGAGCCAGAUUGGUGAUAAUAUCCACAAAAACACAGAAUCUGAAAUAAUAGAAAAUUAUAAGGAGGCAAUAAUACAGCGGUUGGAGAAUGAAGAUGAGAUAGACCAACAGUCUUCAGAAUCAGAUACCAGUAAAAAGAAAACUAAGAAACUAAGAAUGAAAAGGAACCAUCGGGUAGAACCAGUUAAUACAGAUGACUCUGCUCCUAAGAGUCCGGCACCACUGCCACCACCUCCUCCUGUUGGCUGGGGAACCCCCAAAGUCACUAGACUUCCAAAACUUGAGCCUCUUGGUGAAACCCGUCAUAAUGAUUUCUAUGGGAAGCCGCUGCCUCCACUGGCUGUGCGACAGAGACCUAACAGCGAGGCUCAUGAUGUGAUUUCAUAACCUAGUCAUGUGGACUAGCUGUCAACAUUAGAAAAGGGAUCUGGAGCCUUGUUAUUUCUAAAAGGAGAAAAACCCUGAGCAUUGAUGACUGCAGUAAAUAACUGAUUUUAAUGUGAAGAAAAUAGCCAAGACGCUGAUCUGAUGAUUUGCUUCUCCAAUAUCAUCACAGAUAAAACAGGAAGGAAACAAAAUGACCAAUAGAUUGUAUGAGCAUUUUAAUCGAAUUAGCAAGAUUUAGUGUUGACAUUAUGGUUAACACAUCCUGCUGAUGAGCAUGUUCCUGAAGGAAAACCUCCUUAGAAGUAGAGACAGUGGACUCAGAAUACUUUAUUUACUAUUUAAUAGUCUGUAUUUCUAUACAAUAAACAUUUUUUGUAAGAUACAUGUGUAUGGAAUGGGAAUUCCUGGGGAUUUGUAACUACAUUUUUAACUAUUUUUAUAUUUUUCUAAACUUUUGACUUUUGUUUAAUUUCUAUUUUCUUCAUUGUGCACUUUUCUGCAGAUACUUUGUUUAAACUGUGUCUGGAAUAUAGAGUUGAUUGACAGACAUGAACUACAAAAACAGGAUAUAUUUAUAUGGGUUGAAGUGUUUUGUUAUAACAUUAUUCUUCAAGUAUCCAUUCUCUUUUUGGCCUAACUUUAAUUUUUUUUUUUUUACAAAAGCAAAUUCUCAGAUCUUUCUUCUACUAAACGAUAUGUACCCAAAGACACAGUUCCAUUUGUGGUUAUUUUUCUUCUUUUCUUUGGUGUUGAACCCAGUAAAUAGACUUGAAAUGCUUUUUUAAAAUCUAAUUUUUAAAAGAUUCUUUAAAAAUAAAUAUUCACUAAAAUUCAUUAAAAUAAAUAUAUGUUUUGUGAACAUUAUUCUAAGAUACAGUACACCCCUGUUUCUAGAACCAGACACUUUCAGAGGUAAUGGUGCUCCGCACCAGCCCUUUAUACUGUCAGGAGCUAGUUAUUUUCUGACUUAAAUUUCAAGACAAAAACGGCUUAAAAGGCACCUGCAGGUUCAGAGGUUUAUAUUUUGCAACAAGUAAGUUUGGACAUUAAAGCAAUAAGAAUAAAAGUUAGCUCGUAUACUGUUCAUAUAUACUUUCUUAAUUUCUCAGUUUAAAAUAAUAGCGCUUUUUUGUAGUUGAGAGUAUCAUCAGAUUCUCUACUCAUCUGUCUUCCAACUUUUAGCUAGAUACUUUUGAGUACUGGUUUCAUAAUGUUACCUUUAAUUGAAAGCCUGACUUUAUAUAUCAAGGGUAAAAUUAGAUAAGCACAGUAAUUCUCAAGUCACCUUGAUAAGAUUGGUGCAUUUAGUAACUUACAUUG